CGCGGUACGACUCAGACAAAGUUGAGUUUUGCAGUACAAUCAAUCAGACAUAACAUUUGAUUGAGAAAAGACUAGGACUUAAUUGUUUGCCAGGUUAUCUAAUCAUGUGUAAGACAAUCUAGUGAAGAGAUUUUACCAGCGGAUGUCAAAACCCUCACAACAUUGAUCAUCUUUUUAGGAAAAGUCAGCGCAAAAACUGUGAUUUUGGGAUGGCAGAGCCGCAGCAACAGUUGGUAGACAUCGACCCAGAUUUUGAACCGCUCUCUCGGCCGCGCUCAUGCACCUGGCCGCUGCACCGACCUGAAAUCACCGAGCCGGGGAGCUCAAACACAUCCUCCCCGGCACCGUCCGUCAAGCCGGAGCAAGGAAUCGUAGACUUUAUCAGCAGUUUAAGUUUACUUGAGGAGACCGAGGACUACCCGGAGGAGAAACCCGUCCUUCUGUGCAAUGACUUCCACUGCCAGGACAACUGCGUUCAUCCCCAGCCGCUGCAUCCACAGCAGCCGAAUCCCCAGCUGACGCACCCGCAACAGGUGCCGCCGCUCCCCGCCCCUGCUAGCAGCUCCAGUCCUGCAGCGGCCCAGAGGAAGAGCAGCUCGUCUCGUAGGAACGCAUGGGGGAAUAUGUCAUACGCUGACCUCAUUACCAAGGCGAUCGAGAGCUCCCCUGAGAACCGGCUCACCCUGUCUCAGAUCUACGAGUGGAUGGUGAAGAGCGUGCCUUACUUCAAAGAUAAGGGCGACAGCAACAGCUCAGCCGGCUGGAAGAACUCAAUCAGACAUAAUCUGUCCUUGCACAGUCGUUUCGUGCGGGUGCAGAAUGAAGGAACUGGGAAGAGCUCGUGGUGGAUGCUGAACCCUGAAGGAGGCAAGAGUGGCAAGUCUUUACGCAGGAGAGCCACUUCCAUGGACAACAACAGCAAGUUUACAAAAAGCCGUGGACGAGCCUCCAAGAAAAAGAUGUCCUUACAGGCUGGACUGGAGGGUGGUUCCAACAGUCCUGGUUCUCAGUACCCAAAAUGGCUCGGCAGCCCCAACUCUCACAGCAAUGAUGAUUUCGAGCCCUGGACCACCUUUCGUACACGUGCCAGCUCCGACGCCAGCACCCUUAGCGGACGCCGCUCACCCUUUCUCCCUGAGGAGGACCUGAACGAGACCGGUGAGGUCCACAUCGGGUACCCGGGUGCCAUAGGCACCAAGCUGGGUGGCCCCCUUCCCAGCUUGUCCGAAGUGGCAGGUUCCUUGGUUCACCAUGGUUCUGAGAACAUCAUGAUGGAUAAUCUGCUUGACAACCUCAACCUCAUUUCACCCAAAAAUACUGGUCAGGGCAGCCAAAACGCCCAGCCUAUGAUACAGAGUUGUCCCAGAUACCCAUCUUACAACUCCCCUAAUAUUGGCCCUCACCCUCAAUCCCAAGUUCAACAAGACUACCGGAAGUGCCUGUAUGGACAGAGAAGAGUUGGGGGACUGAGUCCCAUUUCCAUACCAACUUUAUCGGACAGUAAACCCGGAGGUUACGGACCUUUCAUGGGUCCGUAUAACUGCGCUGCAGGGUUGCUCAAAGAGCUGUUGACUGCAGAUGCCAAUCCAAGAGGCGAGCUAAUGCAGUCUUUGGGAUCGCAGACUGGGGAGGGGGGACAGAUGCUACCUACCUAUGCUAGUCAGGGUCAGUUGGGACAAGGGGGCAAAAUGAUGGGCCCUCACGCACACCAUCACAACGUGCAUACACAGCCACGAUCGCUUCAUCAGUUGCCCUCGCCCAUUAUGGGCAUGAAUGGGUGUACCAUGUUGCCCCAUGGGCAUCCUGGUCGCCUUGGUAACAUGAAGCCCCAACCACACCUGCCUCAUAAUAAUCACGCACAGCUGGGAAGAGGUUGUGGUGAGGCAGGGUUGCCAAGUUACAGCAGCACCAAUGGCAUCCACAGGCAUGGACAUGGUCCUCACCACCAUGGACAUCCAGAGCGGUUGCCCAGUGACUUGGAUGAUAUGUCCAUUGAGCAGCUUGAAUGUGAUGUUGAAACUGUACUUUAUGAUACACUUAUGGACGGCGAUGUGCUAGAUUUCAACUUUGACCCCAUGAACAGUCAACAGAAUUUCUCUCAUGGGGUAAAGACCAAUACACAAAACUGGGUAUCUGGAUAAACACAACGAUAUCUGCUCAAACUCAUACACAUUAGUAGACUGUUUCAGAGGUAUUUUUGUCAUUGAGAAUGGCGUUAUGUGACACACCAUUGUAUAGAACAGAUAUAUGAAUAUAUACUGUAUGUAAAUAUCUCAUAAACAGUUGACCAUUGUAGAAUGAAGGUCAAAUCAUUUAAGCACUCCAUUCUUCUCUGCUAAACCUGUAAAAAAAAAAAAAGAAAACAGCUUAAACCAGCCCAAGCUGGUUUUGCUGGCCAUCCAUCCUGGCCAGGCUGGCCUGUUUGCUGGAUUUAUGAGGGAGUUGUAGCACUUUUCAGUGAGUCAGACUGGGAGACUAGCUAAAACCAGCAGCUAAACCAAAUGAACACCAUCUUAUCCAGACUGGGAGGCCAGCUUAUGUCAGCUCAAACCUGCUUUAAGCAGGACUUUCAUUAUCCUCAUCUGUAAGGACUGUAAAACGUAUCGUAAAAAAACUUUUAACUGCUUUUUCCCAAUUUAUGUUCUUGUCUUGAACAGAUAGCAGUAAAACUGGUCUUGGAUCAUCCAUUGUGCCUGUUAUCAAGCAGACUUGCGUUUCAUAUUCAAACCAUAGUAGCAUUCAGCUCUUAUGGGCAGCGAUGACAUGUUUAGUUUUAGUUCUAAUACAAUGUUCAAAUACUCUAUUACACCGUUUCCUUUAUUCUCUCUCUUUGAAGUGUGUACAUACACCUCCUCAGCUGUUUACUUCAGACAGAACCUCUGCAGCCAAUCAGCAGAGGCCUGUGAUUGCUCACUAUGUACUAAUUUACAGUGCAUUGUUCCAGUAGACUCCAUGGUUGUCAGAAAUCAUCAUAAUCUGGAUUUGCUUUUGGUUAGUCCAAUUGUAAAUAAUUCGGCGAGUCAGAGAUCAUGGCUUUUGUGUUCAUAUUUAUGUCGUUUUUCUCACAUAUUGGCACUGUACGUCACUAAAAUUCAGGGCAGAACUGUGUCAUAUUGAUUAAACUGGAUUUUUUUAAAUGUAUAUUGUAUUGUACAUUACAGAUAAUUUUCACAUUUCAGUGUGUUGAAUUGAAUGCCUUUUGUACAGAGAUGUAUUUUUUUGUUGCACCAAUUGGAUUGGUAAAUGAAAUAUUUAUACUAUAGUGUAUGUGUGGAUUGCAGAUUCUUAAUGAUCAUUUUAAGUUCUCCCUGAAGUUUCUCCAAGAACCCCACCAGACUUUUUAAGCCUAAAAGAUUUUGUAUUGUGGCCUUUUUGCAGUAUGUAUAGUAAGAGAUUUUCUCAAACUGCUGAAAAAAUAUUUCAGAGCUAUUAAUUUACAGUAGUUAGUUCAGGUAGUCGAAUGAUACAAUUAACGAUUCAAUAUUUGUUUAAAAAAUAAUUUUACCUAAAAACAAAAAGUUUAAAUAUCUAUUUGAUAACAGCUACACUAUUUUCAAAGUGUAAACAAAAUAUGUUUUUACUUGAUGGUUACGCCACUUGACAUUUUUAGAGUCUAUAUAUAUAUAUAUAUACUGUUUAUAUACUGUAAAUAUGCAUGUAAUUAGUUUAUUUAUGUUUUCAAAAAAAUAUGAAACUCACAUGAAUACAAGAGUAAUGGCAAGAUUGAAUAAAUAUAGAAUUAGUUUUGCUGGUAUUUUAGAAUUCUCAGAGAAGGACACCAGAAAAAAAAAGUUUACUUCAAGCCUAAUUUGAGUCUGUCUGUGGGGGUCGGGCUAAAAGGCUCCUCAAAAUGCUUUUCCAUUUUGUAUUUAAAACAUAUUAUAUCAUGAUUUAGUGUCAUUUAAAAUGGUUCUGUCUGGGUUCUUGUCUGAUUUUUAAAUAUCACUGUAACACACUAAUGUGUUGAAUGCAUUAUACAGUACAUGCAUAACUGCAAAAUAUUUAAUGCUUUGAGAUUUUCAACAUGUGGGACAGUUUUCUAGCCAAACAGUGAGGAGAACCAUGAAGGGUUUGUAAAUUAUUAAUAAUAUUUUAAAUAUAUGCAUAUAUUUUUAACAGCUAUAAAAAAAAGCUGCAUUUUAUAGUCAUUUUAAACUGUCUAUAAAUAGUAAAGGUAUGGUUUUGUAUGCUUCUGUAUGUAAUUAUACAUAUAUCACUGACUUUGUGCUGAAUGAUUUUAUUUUUACAUGGUCUUUGCUUUGUCUGUUUUGAUCUUUUGGCAUGUAAAUAGUGUUGAUUUCGUCUUGUAUAAUAACUACAAAUGUCAUUGGAUAGAUUUGACUCUAAUUUCUUAAUGGAUGAAUUAUUCUCUAAAUGUAUUAGUGAUGGUUUUUGUAUUUGCUAAUAUUGUGUAAUAUGACAUGAUUGACAUGGGGAGAUGUGUUCCCAUGGCACUGUAGCCAGUUAUACUUGUUGUACAGUCCUUGUCAGAACCACAAUGCUUUUAUAGACUAGCUCUACAUGGAGGAAGUGGAUGAUAAUCCUGUAAUGUAAUUAAACACAGAUGACAAACUGUUGAUGAAAGUUAACAAAAGACAAAAUGCAGCUAUUAUAUGAAGCCAUAAUUGUAUAUAAAGAUAUGAAUAUAUAAAUAAGAAUUAAGAGUGUCAUUAUUGUAGCUGUAUUUAAAAAUGUUUGAAUGUUGGGAGAAAUCUGCUUCUGAAUCUGAAGUUUUUGUAUUUUGUACGAGUGUAUGUAGAGGCAUGCAUUUGGGUUGGUGAGAAUGUAUAAGUAUGUUUG